UUAUAUCCCGUGACCCAUCUCUCCAUUAACAGCAGCACCUACUUGUGUGCAAUAUAAAUAGAUGCCAUAUGAUAUGAACCCCAAACCCAUUUCUCCUUAACAUUCUUAGUCUCUUUCACUCUGCAUUCAACAAUGUCAAGUUUUAAUAAGCACAUUGUUAGUAUAAUCUUCCUCAUCAUUCUUCUUCUUCAUAAUUCAACUCAAUCACAUUCUCAUUCACAUAAUCAUACCAAGAGAAUCCGAACACGAAGAUCCGCAUCGCCUCCGGUAACAUCCGCAACGUUUAACACGAGCCAUACGGAAUUCUCAGCACAACAGUUUAUGAAAUGGGUGAAUUUUGUUGGGAGGCUAAGGCAUUCAUUAUUUGAAGCAGCUAUUAACAAACUUUUUCCUUCUUAUACUCUUACUGUUAGUAAAAAUCCUAAUACCGGUGAUUUUACUACAAUUCAGUCUGCUAUUGAUUCUCUUCCUUUCAUUAAUCUUGUUCGAGUUGUCAUCAAGAUCAAACCAGGAACUUAUACGGAGAAAGUAAACAUACCGCCAUUUAAGUCAUUUAUCACAAUAGAAGGAGCAGGAGCAGAUAAAACUAUAGUUCAAUGGGGUGAUACAGCUAAAACAAUUGGUUCUAAAGGACAACCGCUUGGAACUUAUAGUUCUGCAACUUUUGCUGUGAAUUCACCUUAUUUCAUUGCCAAGAAUAUCACUUUCAAGAAUACAACACCAUUACCAACAAGAGGAGCGAUGGGAGUGCAGGCAGUGGCAUUUAGAAUAUCAGCAGAUACGGCAGCUUUUCUAGGUUGUAGAUUUUUGGGUGCUCAAGAUACAUUAUAUGAUCAUUUUGGAAGGCAUUAUUACAAAGAUUGUUACAUUGAAGGUUCUGUGGAUUUCAUUUUUGGCAAUGCUCUUUCUUUAUUUGAGGGUUGUCAUGUGCAUGCAAUAGCACAAAACUAUGGAGCACUGACAGCACAAGGAAGGAAAAGCUUACUUCAAGAUACAGGGUUUUCAUUUGUCAACUGUAAGGUCACGGGUUCAGGAGCACUUUACCUAGGCAGAGCUUGGGGCAGCUUCUCCACUGUUAUUUUCGCCUACACAUAUAUGGACAACAUUAUCAUUCCCAAAGGCUGGUACAAUUGGGGAGAUCCUAACAGAGAAAUGACUGUGUUCUAUGGGCAAUACAAAUGCACUGGACCAGGAGCUAGCUAUGCUGGGAGGGUUUCAUGGUCAAGGGAGUUGACUGCUGAAGAAGCCAAGCCUUUUCUUUCAUUGAGCUUUAUUGAUGGUUCUGAAUGGGUUAAAUUGUAAUAUAAAAGACAUUACAUUGAAAACAAAUAAUGAAAAAAAAAAUUACAAGAGCAAGAACAUGAUUUUAUCUGUUUAUAUGAUAGCUUAGGUGAAUAAUGUUACGAGGGAUGGAUUUUUAACGCUGAGGUGCUUGUUUACCGAAAAGGCCACCAAAAUCCAUAUUUCCUAGUCUGUAUCCCCGUUGGCAUU